AUGUAUCUGUAUGCUUAUCCUUAUCCCUGUUACUCCUUCCGGAGAGCGCUGAAGCCCACGCUCGCUGUCGUCUUGACUUUGGCCAUCGUGCUGCUGGUCUACUCCCGCGAUGCAUGGUAUCUCUCGUCGGGGGACCGGGAGAUAGCCCGGAUGCGCCUGUCCAUGGCAGAGCCCUCCACCCACCUCUGGCGGCCGGAAGACGCAGCUCGCCACGGCGAGUCGCGCCCCUUCAACGCCACCAUCAUCGCGCUGGUGCGCAACGAGGAGCUGGACGGCAUGGUCUACUCGAUGCGCCAGCUGGAGCGGUCGUGGAACUCGAAAUUCAACUACCCGUGGACCUUCUUCAACGACGUGCCGUUUACGGAGGAAUUCAAGCGCCGGACGCAGGCGGAGACCAAGGCUGAGUGUCGAUAUGAAUUGGUCCCCCCCGAACACUGGGAUGUCCCCGACUGGAUCGACCCCAACGUCCUGCAGCAGUCGAUCGACAAGAUGAAUGCCAAAUGGGUCAAGCAUGCCUCCCAGAUCAGCUACCAUCAGAUGUGUCGCUGGUACUCGGGGUUUUUCUACAAGCACCCGGCGUUGAAGGACAUGAAGUACUACUGGCGGGUGGAGCCGAAUGUGAAAUUCUUCUGCGACAUCAACUACGACGUCUUCCGGUUCAUGGCAGACCACAACAAGACGUACGGCUUCACCAUCAACAUCUACGACGACCCCAACACGCUGCCCUCGCUGUGGCCCGAAACCAUGGCCUUCCUGGAGCAGCAUCCCGAGUAUCUCAGUCCGGACAACUCGCUCGACUGGCUGACCGACGCCACCGGCCGGCCCGACGUCACCGCGCGCGCCCACGGCUACAGCACCUGUCACUUCUGGAGCAACUUUGAGAUUGGCGACCUGGACUUUUGGCGCAGUCCGGCCUACGAGGCGUACUUUGCGCAUCUGGACCGUGCAAAGGGCUUUUUCUAUGAGCGCUGGGGGGAUGCCCCGGUUCAUAGUGUUGCGUUGGGGCUGUUUGCCGAGAAUCGUAACAUUCAUUGGUUCAGAGACAUCGGCUACCAACACAGCGUCUUCAGCAACUGCCCCGACACGCCCAACUGCCACGGCUGCCGGCCCAACAAACUGGCCCCGCUGACGCUGUGGCUGAACAAGGAAGACUGCCGCGUAAACUGGUUCCGGCAGGUGUGCGCCAGCCGGCGGAAAAACGGCGAUAUGAAUGACGAGGACGGGUUAUGUGGGGAGUGUUUCGGUUGGUUGUAUACGGUAUAUGGUAUGGAAUAUGAUAUAGUGAUUAAGGAAAGUAGUAUCUACAGGAUUUAUUUUGGGCAAGCGAAAUUUGCAGUCAGUCAUCUGACCCACGUAUAUCUUUCUAUGAAAACCCUAAAUUAUUACUAG